UAUCGCUCGCCGCGGAGGAGUCCGCUGAAUGACGUCAAUGUGGAGCGAAGGUUCGGCAGAAGGAAUGCAGCGGAUCUGAACACUUGUGUGAAGUCAGCACUAAAGAUCAGGUCUGAGGUCAGUGAGUCAUGGCUGCUUUCAGACAGGAUGAUGUGGAGAAGUUCUAUGAGAUGGGGGAGGAGUUGGGCAGUGGGCAGUUUGCGAUCGUGCGUAAGUGUCGUGAGAAGAGCACGGGCGUGGAGUACGCUGCCAAGUUCAUCAAGAAGCGGCGUUUAUCGUCGAGCAGGAGAGGAGUGAGCCGCGAGGAGAUCGAGCGUGAGGUGAACAUCCUGAGGGAGAUCCAGCACAGCAAUAUAAUCACGCUACACGACAUCUUUGAGAACAAGACGGACGUCAUCCUCAUCCUCGAGCUGGUGUCUGGAGGAGAACUCUUCGACUUCCUGGCUGAGAAAGAGUCUCUGAGCGAGGAGGAGGCCACGCAGUUCCUCAAGCAGAUCCUGGACGGAGUUCACUACCUUCACUCCAAACACAUCGCUCACUUUGACCUCAAGCCUGAGAACAUCAUGCUCCUGGAUAAGAACGUUCCCAAUCCCAGGAUAAAGCUGAUAGACUUCGGCAUUGCGCACCAGAUAAAAGAGGGAAACGAAUUUAAGAACAUCUUUGGAACUCCAGAAUUUGUUGCUCCUGAGAUUGUGAAUUACGAGCCUCUGGGUCUGGAGGCAGACAUGUGGAGCAUCGGUGUUAUCACUUAUAUCCUGUUGAGUGGAGCUUCUCCUUUUCUUGGUGAGACGAAACAAGAAACUCUGACUAACAUCUCAGCAGUGAAUUAUGAUUUUGAUGAGGAGUUUUUUAGUAACACCAGUGAACUCGCCAAAGACUUCAUACGCAGACUACUGGUGAAAGAUCCUAAGAAGAGGAUGACCAUUCAGGACAGUCUGGAACAUCCAUGGAUAAAGGUGAUAAAGAGGCGUAAUGUACGUCAGGAGGAUAACGGAGGUCGUCGUGGUGAACGGCGGCGCCUGAAGACGACUCGUCUGAAAGAGUACACCAUCAAGUCUCACUCCAGCAUGCCUCCCAACAACACCUACGUCAACUUCGAGCGUUUCUCCCGCGUGCUGGAGGAGAUCGCUGCCGCCGAGGACGCGCUGCACCAGCUGGAGCGUAACCGGCGCGCGUGCCGUGACGACGUCACCGCCAUGCUGUCCAUCUUCGAGGAGAAGGAGAGCUGGUACAAGGAGGAGAAUGAGAGCGUGGGUGCCGAGUUGAGCCGCCUCCGGUCCGAGCUGCAGCGCUCCCAGAGCCAGCGCCGACACAACCAGGAGGAGACGCGCAGCACCACGCUCGCAGCUAACGCCCUCAAACGCAAAUUCACUCGCCUGGAGGGGAAGUACCACACGCUGGCCGAGCAGGUGGCCUCCGAGGUGCUCUGGGUGGAGGAGUUGGUACGCUCCAUCGCUGUUGACAACGGAGAUGCGUACAGCACCGGCCUCGCCUGAGCCCGAUGGGAACCUCGAUGGGCUGCGUCCUAAAUCACACACCACCGUAGUGCAUGACCACAGCUCACAAUAACUUGUCCCAGGUGCUAGUGUGUGGAUUGGGACACAGCCCAGUGUAGUGACAUCUGUUACUCACACUCGCUCACACUCUCACACGCUCGCUCACACUUGUUUAUUUUAAUAAACGGAAUUAUGGAAUGGAUUUAUCACAGGAGGCUGAGGAGAUCCCACACCUCUGCACCUUCCAUCUAACACACACACACACACACACACACACACACACGAAUUGCGUUUAUGUUUUGAUCUAACCUGAUAUAUAGCGUAUAGAAUCUUCUCCUGGUCUUCAGCAUGUUCAGGUGUUCCUCUGUAACGUUGCUGUGAGAUGCAUGUAAUAGCAUAUGUUCCCUGGUGCUCUACUUUAUCCCACAGCAAGGAUAUGAGGGAAACCACCCUAAGAGUGUGUGUGUGUGUGUGUGUGUGUGUGUGUGUGUGUGUGUGUGUGUGUGUGUGUAAGACUGAGCUGCAGUGUAACAGUAGAGUUCUGUGUAUUACAUCAUUCCAGUUUUGUAAAACAUUCCAUACUGCAGCGCUUCAGGAUCCUGAACCUUUCAGUUAAUUUAGAGACGUGUAACUUUACUCUGUCUUCAUCCUUAAAAAUAAACAGUAAACAUCUGUCUGA